AUGGCGCUUCCCAGAGAGACCAUCUGCGACAUUUUCGGUGACGAUACCACGCCAAGUUUAGGGUUGAAUAUCCUACCGCCUUUUUCUAGGGAUCAGAAAGCCAAUAAAACUAGGGCCAAAGCAGCAAGGCGAAAAAGAAGUGCAAAUAUACUCCCAGGGUGGUCUGAAGAAGACUAUCGCAAAGCACUUGUGGACUCGCUGCAGAGUUUACCUGAUGGAGAUGCUAUAACACCACCAAUCAUCUUCUCUACCGCUAUGGUGGUCAAUGUAGAGGAACUACUCAGGAAUGUUGCCACGAGUUUGUGUCUUCCCACAGAUAAGAACUCACUGGUUAUUCCGUGCAGGCCUUUCGGUGCCCGCAUAGGAGUCAUCCUGAACCGGUCCUCAGUCGACAAGGGACGCAACGGGACAAAUAUUGAGAAACGAGUUUCUGCUAUCCCUGAAGUAUUUUUGGAUGCCGACAUUACACCCGAGAAAGCAAUGAUUUCGACGGCAGAUCUCCACCAGUGUUUUUCCUUGUGGAGAAGCUCACCCCGUGAGUCGUGGCCACAAGAUGGCAUAACGACGCUGUCGGCUUUUCACAGAGCUUUCAUCGACAAUUCCAACCUGCGUGUCGUACUGCUUUGUGGGAAAAACGCUCAAAGUGUCUGUCGUCCAGCAAAUGGUGACAAGGUGGUCAUCAAAUUUCGUCAUUGGAAAAAUUGCGAUUGGAAGCGCAUCAAAGAAUGGUCGGAACUACUUCGUUUCAUUGCCAAGAUAACGGGUAUGAAGGAUGUUCGAGCUCGCGCGAAUAUGAUGCGAUCCAUUGCUCGUGAGAUCAUUCUGCGCUAUGUCCAAGAGAGAAAUGGUGAAGUCGAAGCAAUAACGCUUGGAACAAUGGAUGCUAGAAACUUCAAGAAGGAUCUUUGGCCAAGGGUCUGUUUCUUCUCCUGCACACUACCACCUAGCGAAUACAAGCGCAGUGGUAGCGCUGGAGGCCUUUUGAGGCAUUAUCCUGGCGCUUCCAAGAGCCGAGAAAAGGCGUUCUCCAAGGAAGCCUUGGUGGAAAGCAGAAGCCUGUACACCCAUUAUACAGGCAGACAGUACAAAACCGUCGGCACGGCUACAGAUGGUAACACGGAUGAUACGUCAGAUAUCGACUCUGAGUAUUUGGAUGAGAUUAUAGAUGUGUCCAUGGACAAUACUCACCCCAAGGCAAGCGAAGAUGAUGAUCCGAGGCCUGAAAACCUGGGUAGCAUGAGUUCUGGUAAUUUUUACCACGUCGAAAAUCCAUAUGCAGAUGUCGAGGUAAACUAUCAGUCUUCGCUUCCACAGGCUCUAUCAUCUCUUCUACGGGCUCCGCCGUCUAAAUUACGAGACGCACGUUUCUACACGCCAAAGCCUGCUUAA